AUGGCGUCGCUGACGGAGAAGCACGGCUACGGCCACUCCCUGGGCUGUAUCCCCAGGAAGUGGUUCGUCCUCGCCUUCGCAGUCGUGGCUGCCGGGCUUUGCUGGUUGCAGGUCCUGCACUGGCUGGUGGCCUCCAGCUUCUUCCGCGAGCUGGCCGGCUACCCGAACCCGCACCCGCACGGCUGCGUCGGGGACCACUGCUUCGAGGUGUGGAGCUGCCUGGGCAUGCAGGAGGUGACCUUCCGCGUCCGCGAGCCCAUCGUCUCGCUCAGCGGGGCCGUCCUGCUCACCGUCGGCGUCGUGGGCGUGCUCCGGGCUCGUGCCCAGCAGCUGAACUACCUGUGCCUGUACCUGGCUGCUUCGGCCGGCCUGCACUUCCUCCUGAUGGUGGUCGACGGCGUCUAUCUCAGCACGUGCGGCGCGUAUCCGAAGAACAUGGUGGAGCAGGUGCUGCUUCCGUCGUGGCGCCUGCCGCCGUCCCUGAUCUCCGUCGCCGCCCGCGAGAAGCUCUCGAAG